AUGGCUCAGACCUCUUACUCACUACCUCCGACCCCUAUCGCCUCAUCUUUCGAAGAAUCGGCGCCAUCAACGAAGCGUCGUAAAUCCCAACGUCCAGUUGAUCUCAAGGACUCCCAGCCAGAGAAGAUCACCAAGACUCCGGUGCAAAAGAAAGACGAUGUUCCUGCUUCAGAGUCUAAAAGUGAUGCCAAAAGUGGCAGCCGCAAUCGGAAGUCAGGCAAGCUAAAUGGUCACGCCGCUGAUGCAGGUGACUCGCACGGCCAUCAACUGACAACUCAUACUACUUCCAAUGCUAAGCGCAAGGCGCAAGCUCCGCCGUCUAAGUCAAACUUGCACGCCUCUCAUAAAGAUCCUCGAAUGAAACGCAAGUCUCUGGCUACCGAGGCCGAGCUGGCCAACGCAUCCAGAGACAGAUCUGGCUCGACGUCGUCGACCAUGGCUCCUGCAACAACGCAGAGCGAUCGCAAGGCAAGAAAGUCAAUGCCUGCGAAGCUCAACGGUGUGAGCGACAAGAAAGAGACUGUCCAUCCUAAGUCCGCUGACAAACCCUCCGCUUCUCGCCCUUCUACUCCCGCUCGCAUUGAUCGUAAAGCCAAGCCAACAUCUCAAGCCAGCGCCAAGGCGACCAAGUCUGCCAACAAGGUAGCUCAAGUUACAUCAACAGCCAAACCUGCUACCCCCGUUGCCCCCAAGACUGAAAAGGCUGAAACAGCCGACUCAACAACUCCCGCCGCUCAGGCUAACACAAAUCCACGCGACUCUACUGCCAGAUCCCGUCGUCGUGAUCGCAAGUCCAAGCCCGGGACCGAUCGCAACCUUGGGGAUCAUAUCCAAGUGUCGUCGACCAAGCACAAUCACAAUCACAAUCCUCCUGUCCGAAUUCACGAGACUCCAUCUCAGCCUCCCUCUGUCCCAGAUCCUACUCUCGAAGCAGCUCAACCUCUUUCUCACAACAUAAACACUCGAAGCUCGCGAGCCAAAACCGCCGCUAAACUUCUGGCUGUCGAUAAGCCUCUGGAGUCACCAGCGACCCUGAUGGUUCUUGAGACCACCCCAUACAAUGGGGAGGUCGCCGACAGUGUCGAGGGGACGCCUGUGCAAGCCUACCGUGACAAUUUCCACUUUGAAUAUGGCCCUGAGAUGUAUGGUAACCGCUUCGGCCUCGACGGCCAGGUGGAUGGCCCGGGCUCACCGACGAGUUUAUCCACGGGCACGUCCGCUGCUGCGAGGACCUCGAGUCGCAUUCGGAAGCCCACCAUGAAGGCUCUGGAGUCCCUGGAGUCGGAGCGGCAGUUCCGCCGCUCCAGGGCUCCAUCCAGCAAACCCGAGUCGACGGCGUUUAUGGGGCAGAAGAAGGGAGGCGCGGCCCAGCCUGAGCAUCAGGUUCCGGCAUCCGCGCAGGCGUCUGCCGCUCAGCAGCCUGACACGGCAUUUAUUGCCAGGCGGCUGCUUGAGCUGGCGGUGGCAGCUGUGUCUGCAGACCCUGCGCUGGAUGCCGGGCUUGAUGCCAGGCUGGAGAGCCUGCGCAAAGAGUUCGAAGCGGAGCAGCGGGGGCAAGAUGGAGAGGGGGCGGGGUCGGAGGGAGAAAGUAGGCCAACCUCCAGCCUGCCAUUUGGUAUGGACAAGACGAAAGUAUCGGAGCCGUGGACUGACGAGGAUGGUUGGACGCAUACAGGUCUUCUCAACAAGUUUGGGGAGGAGUACGUCUUCGUCUCUUCCGACUUUGAGUGGGUUCAUCCCACCAACACCUACGGGGAUGACCAACUCCCCCAGCCGCCGGGGCGAUUCAGAUCGCGUGAACAGGCGGAGAAGGACCGUAUCUUCGGAUACCCGCCGCGGCUGGGGGAGCGUAAUCUCCCGCAGCAAACGAAUCUCCCUUUUCGACUGGAGGACGUUGACGAGGAAAAGGCUAAGGUCAAAGCACGAGACGCAGCCCGGCUGAGGGGCAUCCCGGUUGAUCGGACGAUGUCGGCAGCGGAGAUUGACGCCUUGAUCGCGCAGCAUGACAACGCUGGGCAGAGUGAGCCCGCGAAGGAAGAGAAGCCUGCCAGUGGUUCGCGCAAGAGAAGGCGCACGGAGCCAGUCAACGCUACCCCUUACUCGACUUCGGUGACGAAGAGGCGGCGACAGAAUCCGAGUGCUCCCAGUCCCGCUGCCGCUGCCGAGAAGCCAAGUCUCACGGUGAAGUUCAGAUUCUCGAACCCCGAGAAAGCGGCGGCGGUGGCAGGGCUUUUUGGGGCGGUGCCAUCUAGCACAUCGAAGAAACGCCUUCUUGCCGACGCGGAGACAGACGGUGAUGCCAGUUCUGCUAAGAAACUCAAGUCAUCGCCAGCGACAGCCAGUCCCGCCGAGCUGAACCAGACACCGAAUGGUCGUCCGCGGCGCCGCGCGGCAACGGCUCUGAUGGCCGAUUUCCAGUCUCACGCCGAGGAGCGGGCUCGUCGGGCCGCUCGAAAGAAGGCCACCACUCCUUCGAAACAGGGAGGCGGGAGUGCUGAGGGUGUGUCCAUGAGAAGCGCAUGA